CAAACAUACCUACUUUCAACAUACACCAAACAACGCACCUCCCACCAACUCAACAACUCCCAACACACACAGAGACACCCAAAAUCAAGAGCACAAAAGAAAUUAGCAAGAAGAUACUCGUUAAAAUGUCCUCCCCACCCGACUCCCACAACCACACCCCCCUCCACGACCAAGACCAAGACCAAGACCCCUCCCCCUCCGCGCCAGACUCAACCCCCAACAACCCUCUCCUCCGCACCACCAACCCGCUCGUCAGCUCCCUGGAACAAGAAGUCCUAGAUGAAUAUACUCGGCUAUUAGGGAAUGUGAAUAAGGCUUUACACACCACUACACGCAUGCUAACCAUACCCCCGAAUGGGAUAAAGCUAUCAACCAAACUCUCCACACUCGCCGAAUCCCCCACGACCCUCACACUGGACGGCCUCCGCGGCCUGGAACGUCAAACCGCGACUGUCUGUACCCUGCUCAAGGCGAGCGUGUAUAGUAUUGUUCUCCAACAGCAGAUUUUUAAUGAGAGUGAGGAGCAACAACAACAACAACAGCAGCAGAUGCAGAUGCAGCAGCAGAUGGAGAUGGAGGGGGAUGGGUAUUCGGGGAUGAUGGGGCAGGGGGAUGAUGGGUAUGAGCAGGGGGGGGAUGGGAUAUGGGGAUGGUGGAUUGCAUGGUAUGGGUUGACUGGGUUGGGCUAUGGGUGUGGUGUUUGA